UGCACCGGCGCCGUGUUCCUGGGCGGCGAGGUGCUGCCCUACUCUGUGUGCUCCCGCCACGGGCUGGCCAUCGCCUCGCACACGCUCGGCCUCACCCGCCUGCUGAUGGCCGCCACCUUCCCACUCUGUUACCCGCUGAGCCGCCUGCUGGACUGGGCGCUGCGCCAGGAGCUCAGCACCUUCUCCACCCGCGAGCGCCUGCUGGAGACGCUGCGCGCCGCCGACCCGCACAGCGACCUGGUGCGGGAGGAGCUGGCCAUGGUGCAGGGCGCGCUGGAGCUGCGCACCAAGGUGGUGGAGGACGUGCUCACCCCGCUGGCCGACUGCUUCCUGCUGCGCUCCGACGCCGUGCUGGACUUCGCCACAGUCUCCGAGAUCCUGCGCUCCGGCUACACCCGCAUCCCGGUCUACGAGGGCGACCGGCGGGACAACAUCGUGGACCUGCUCUUCGUCAAGGACCUGGCCUUCGUGGACCCGGACGACUGCACCCCGCUGCAGACCGUCACCCGCUUCUACCGCCGGUCGCUGCACUGGGUCUUCAGCGACAGCCGCCUGGACACGCUGCUGGAGGAGUUCAAGAAGGGUAAAUCGCACCUGGCCAUCGUGCAGCGGGUGAACAACGAAGGGGAAGGAGACCCGUUCUAUGAGGUGAUGGGGAUCGUCACGCUGGAGGAUGUCAUUGAAGAGAUCAUAAAGUCCGAGAUCCUGGAUGAGACAGACCUUUACACAGACAACCGAAAGAAGGAGAGGGCACUGCACCAAGGCAGGAAGCCACACGACUUCUCCAUCUUCAGGCUCUCAGACAGCGAGAUGAAGGUGAAGAUCUCCCCUCAGUUGCUGCUGGCCGUGCACCGCUUCAUGGCAUCAGAAAUCGAACCCUUCAAAUCUCCCUGCCUCUCAGAGAAGAUCCUGCUGAGGCUCCUCAAACACCCCAACGUCAUCCAGGAGCUGAAGUACGAUCAUAAGAACAAGCGGGCCGUGGAACACUAUCUCUACCAGCGCAACCGGCCAGUGGACUACUUCAUCCUCAUCCUGCAGGGCAAAGUGGAAGUGGAGAUUGGCAGGGAAGGGCUGCGGUUUGAGAAUGGAGCGUUCACCUACUAUGGCGUCCCAGCCAUCAUGGCUGUCAUCUGCUCAGAUAACCAUGUGAGGAAAGUGAGCAGCCUGGCUGGAUCCUCCUUCCUGUUGCCCGUCUCAGUGUCCCGUACCUUCACUGUCAGCAGAGGGGAAUCCCUGGCUGGCUCCCCAGUAAACCGAUCGCCAUCUCGCAGCAGCGGGCUGAAUCGUGCCGAAUCCCCAAACCGGGAACGCAACUACUAUGGGGGCAGCAACACCCAGCUGUACAGCAGCAGCAGCACCAUCUACACGCCUGACUACUCCGUGCACAUCCUCUGCGACGUGCAGUUCGUCAAGAUCACCCGGCAGCAGUACCAGAACGCACUGGCAGCCAGCCGCAUGGACAGCUCACCCCAGUCCCCCGACAUGGAGGCGUUCAAUGAUGGCAACUCCACCAAGGCCCCGACAGCCCGGGGGACCCCACAGACCCCGAAGGAGGACCCCACCCCUACCCUCCUGAACGAGAGGAACAGCAUUGUUUGCAGCUGGUCAGACAGGCUCCACAGCCCCAGUGACUCCACAUUCCUCCGCGUGGAGGGAAUCCCCUUCAUCAAGGAGGAGCUGGCAGACAACGAGGAGAAAGGCAGGUGGCAAGCCAGCGAAUGCUGUGACAUCACCCUGGAGCCGGAGAGCCCGAACAGAGAGACAGCGAGCGGCACGUCCCCAAGCGGCACCGAGGAGACCCUGGGCAGGAAGCUGCUGAGGACACUGAGUGGGCAGAAGAGGAGGCAGUCCCCGGAUGGCGAGACGCCGCCAGAGAAUUCCAACCGAGCGCCAUUAAUCACCUGAGCGGCAGAGUGGCUGGAACGCAGUGCUGGAGUCCCAUGUAGCCUUGAGGUCUGCAGCAUGAGAGCCUCCUGCAGCGCAUCGUGAGCGACAGCAGCGAGUCUGCACGCCACUGCCUGCCCACCCGACACCUGCCGUCCCUCCAGGACGUGUGUCAAGCCCCAGGAGAGAACGGCAGGGCCCCUGAGUGGGACUGAAGCAGAGGCAGCAGCCCUGGACUUGCCAGGAAGUCAGGGCACGUGGCCAGCUGCUGCCCUGCUGCCAGGCGUUUCGUCUCAAACAGAAGAGAAAGACAGAAGUGACAGUGCCUGUGGAGUGGUUCCCCUGUGGCAAGAAGCAGGGAGAGGCGACCCAGCUCAGGCUACCCAGGACAUCCUUUAAUACUUAACAGCAGCUCCCAGCCCCUUUUGAAUCAGGGCCCCAUAGCGCUGGGUGCUGCAGCCAUAACGAGAUGGGGCUCCUGCCCCAAGGAGCGCCAUGCUCUGGGCAGUGCCCAUCCCCUCCCACCACACAGUUUGUGCAGUGACAGUCAAAACCUGCCCUCGCACUUCAGUGUGUCCCUGGGGAGCAGUGAACUGCCCAUCCUGCAGGCACUGGCCAGGUGUGGGCCUCAGGCCCCACACAGGGCUGAGUAUAUCCACCCCCCUCAGCUGGGGAAAGGAAGUUCAGAGCUGCACUUCAACCACCAUGGCCCUGCAACAGGCCUCAGCUCAGAGCCAUGAGUUGGCAUCAGAAUGUUAGAAAGAGCUUUAAAUCGCUGAUAUGGAGGCUGAAUGCAAUGUAGAUCCUUUACAUUAAAAACCAUCCCUCCUGAGCA